GUCAUCAUCCGGCGCCCGCCGCCGCACGCCGCGCUGUGCCGGGCCUGGGAGUCGGAUGCUGAAGCGUGCCGGUGGGAGGGGACCGGGCGCGGCGACUGAGAUCGCUGCCUCUCGCCGUCACCAUGCAAGUGUCCAGCCUUAACGAGGUGAAGAUUUACAGCCUGAGCUGCGGCAAGUCUCUUCCUGAGUGGCUUUCUGAUCGGAAGAAGAGAGCGCUGCAGAAGAAGGAUGUCGAUGUCCGUAGAAGAAUUGAACUUAUUCAGGAUUUUGAAAUGCCUACCGUGUGUACCACUAUCAAGGUGUCAAAAGAUGGACAGUAUAUUUUAGCAACUGGAACAUAUAAACCUCGGGUUCGCUGCUAUGACACCUAUCAGUUAUCCUUGAAGUUUGAAAGGUGUUUGGAUUCGGAAGUUGUCACCUUUGAGAUUUUGUCUGAUGACUAUUCAAAGAUUGUCUUCCUACAUAACGAUAGAUACAUUGAAUUUCACUCACAGUCAGGUUUUUACUACAAAACCCGAAUACCAAAGUUCGGCAGAGAUUUCUCCUACCACUAUCCGUCCUGCGACCUGUACUUCGUGGGUGCGAGCUCUGAAGUGUACAGACUGAACCUGGAGCAAGGGCGGUACCUGAAUCCUCUGCAGACGGACGCUGCGGAGAAUAACGUCUGUGACAUAAAUUCCAUGCACGGCUUGUUCGCCACAGGAACCAUCGAGGGCCGCGUGGAGUGCUGGGACCCCAGGACUCGGAGGAGAGUGGGCGUGUUGGACUGUGCGCUGAGCAGCGUCACCGCGGACUCCGAGAUAAGCAGUCUGCCCACCAUCUCUGCUUUGAAGUUUCAUGGUGCUUUGACCAUGGCAGUUGGAACAUCGACAGGGCAGGUGUUGCUGUAUGAUCUCCGCUCCGACAAGCCGCUGCUCGUUAAGGACCACCAGUACGGGCUGCCCAUCAAGUCGGUGCACUUCCAGGACUCCCUGGACCUGGUCUUGUCUGCCGACUCCCGGAUUAUCAAAAUGUGGAAUAAGAACUCGGGGAAAAUAUUUACUUCCUUGGAGCCAGAACAUGACCUUAAUGAUGUUUGCCUUUAUCCCAACUCAGGAAUGCUUCUAACUGCCAAUGAGACCCCCAAGAUGGGCAUCUACUACAUUCCGGUCCUGGGCCCUGCCCCGCGGUGGUGCUCCUUCUUAGACAACCUGACCGAAGAACUGGAAGAGAACCCGGAGAGCACGGUGUACGAUGAUUACAAAUUUGUAACCAAGAAAGACCUGGAAAAUUUAGGGCUCACACAUCUCAUUGGAUCACCAUUUCUCCGGGCUUAUAUGCAUGGAUUUUUCAUGGAUAUAAGACUCUAUCACAAGGUGAAAUUGAUGGUAAAUCCAUUUGCUUAUGAAGAAUACAGAAAAGAUAGAAUUCGACAGAAGAUAGAAGAAACACGUGCACAGAGAGUCCAAUUAAAGAAAUUGCCAAAAGUUAACAAAGAACUGGCACUGAAGUUAAUUGAGGAAGAGGAGGAGAAACAAAAGUCUACAUGGAAAAAGAAAGUUAAGAGCCUUCCUAAUAUUCUCACCGACGAUCGAUUUAAAGUUAUGUUUGAGAACCCUGACUUCCAAGUAGAUGAAGAGAGUGAAGAAUUCAGGCUUCUGAAUCCACUUGUUUCAAAAAUUAGUGAAAAGAGGAAGAAGAAACUAAGACUUUUAGAGCAACAAGAACUUCGAGAAAAAGAAGAGGAGGAAGAACUGGAAGGAAAACCAAGUGAUGCGGAAAGUUCGGAGAGUUCAGACGAUGAAAAGGACUGGGUGGACGAGGUCAGGAAGCAGCGCAGACUCCUGCGGCAGGAGGAAAAGGCGCAGCGGCAGGAGCGGCUCAGGGAGGACCGGCAGACGGUCCUGCAGCCCCAGUUCUACGAGAUCAAAGCAGGAGAAGAGUUCCGAAGCUUCAGAGAUUCUGCCGCAAAGCAGAGGCUGAUGAACAAAACUCUUGAAGAUCGUUUGAAACUUGAAGCGAAAAAUGGGACAUUGAGUGUAUCAGAUACCACCGUUGGCAGCAAGCAACUGACAUUCACAUUAAAGAGGUCCGAACAGCAGAAGAAGCAGCAGGAGGCCGAGAAGCUGCAUCGGCAGGAGAGGAAGAAGCUGCGGCGUUCGGCUGGUCACCUGAGGUCCCGGCACCGGAGAGGCCGGCCGUUCCACUGAGCCCGGGCGGGGCCAGCACUUCUCCCCGGGCUGCUCGCCAUCAGGGCCUUGGCCCGGGGAACGCAUGCCACGGUUCCGUGUAAACAACUGUAUGUGGAGGCGAGAGUUUCUAACGUGGCCUGUGCCACUGGGAUUGGACUCGAACGGGGCGCCCGCCAGCUGGCCAGCGCUCGGUGCCGGGGUGCCCUCCCUGGUGUGGCCCCUGUAAACCGGCCCUUUCCCGGUGUGGUGAGCGGGCCAGGCCGCGGGUGGGCACCAUGAGCUGGAAGGGUCACCCUGUCCUGUGUGCAGUGUCCCGAUUAAACCACCAGAAGCACCACCCGUCCUGCCGGUGUCUUGUGUCGGCCAGCUUUGUGUCCAGAGGUGUGGACGGGUCUGUUUGCUGGCCUCCGUGUCCGUCUGCUAGUUGAAAACAAGCGCGCGUGCCAGUGCUGGAGCUGCUGGUCCCUCUGAACGGGCACAAGGUUAAAGCGCGGCCUCCUCCUCUCCCAAAGGGGAUUCGAGGAGACAUAAGAAUCGGUGCUCCGUUGGAUGCUUCCUGAGAACAGGUCAAACCUCGAGUUAACUUGGAAACCAGCCUUGCCGCCACCACGUGUUCCUCAUAUUAGUGUGAUGUCAGAGGUGAGGUGGUGUGUGGGUUUUCAAGCCCAUGGGCGCCCGAGAGCAGGGCUCUCUGGACUGGGAGUGUGGGUUCCACCUGCAAAUGCUGUCAGCCAUAAGGCCCAGUGCGCUGGGCGCGUGGCUAUGUGGGAGCAGACUCUGUCCCCGGCUCCCACUCGCACUGUGGUGAUUAGCGGGUGGGCUCGGGCCGUGGCUGUGUGGAGCUCCUGGUGGCCAGCCCCACUCACACCCUGGUGCUGAGCCCCCUGGCCUGUCCGUCCCUGCCCCCAGCUGCUUCCCCCGGCCUCUGUCCCUUGACCACCUCUCAGAAAACGGGGCUGCGGCUUCCUGGGCUCUCAGGGGUGGGAGCUGUGGAUGAGGUGGGAGAAGGGCGCUGCUGCCAGACUUGCCCGGGGUGCCGAUCACACGCAGAGCCACUGCCUGCGGGGCCGCGUCCCUGGGGGCCUCCUCGCUCCCGGGCUGCCAGUGCUGCGGGGCACUGAGACUCGGGGAGUCCACGUUCAGCAGCGGGGAGCAGUGUCGCUGGGAGGCGGGACCAGCGCGGUGGCCAGAGGUGGGCUCUGCGGCCACACCAGCCCAGGGCUGCCUGCCCGCUCUGGGUCCUUGGACAGUUUAACCUCUGCGUCUGAGGAUUAAAUGAGGCACUCGGGUUCGGCAGAGCCCCGCCCAGUGCCCUUUGUGGCUCCCCAGACCUGCAGAUGGUGGGACCCCACAGAUGUGUUGCCAGUUCACAGGUGCACGGUUGUGGUGCGUUAGGGAAGGCUUGCGCCUCCCGUGCUGGCCGAGGGUGGGGCCUUGCAGAGGGUGGGCUGCCGGGGCGGAACUGCCCAGCAUAGAUGAACCCCGUGCCCGGCGUCUCCCAGCCGCCUGGCUCAGCGUGCGCUGGUCCAUCACCAGGUACCUGAACCAAUAGGGCUGCCAGGUCGCGGACUGUGAACCUGAGACUAAGCGGAAAUGCAGCUCCUGCCUGCCCGCUCCUCCCUCCUCCUCCCUCCUUCCCCCUCCAUCCCUCUUCCCCUCCUCCUCUCCUCCCCUCCUCCGCUCCUCCCCCGCUCCCUCUCUGCCUCCCAAGAAGCCCCCCUCGGUGUUUUAACAGCAGUGACAAAAUGCUGGCACACUCGGUGAAAAGGGUUGUUUUCUCAAAGUGCCACGUGCCCGCCAUCACAAAUCCACGCGCGUCUAAGCCUGAAGAUAACUUGUCCUAGCUUUUGUCAAAUAUUUUUCUAUUCUGUAGAUGUAGACAGCACACAUCUGUUUUGAUAAUACAAAUGGGAUCACACUAUAGAAAUUGUUCUUCAACCCAUAAUUUAUAUAACUUUGAUUUGACUUAAAAAUCUAAAAGAAUCUUUCAAAAUCAUUUCUAUAGUAAGUAUAAGCCGUUAUUUUUGAAUUGAACAUAUUAACUUUGUGAAACAUCAGCGUGAAAUAAAAUGAUGGAAAUGUC